CUGCAUCGCCAUGGCCUAUGCUAGACGGGAGCGUUUCAUGGGUCCUUGAACGCCUGCAAACAUUUCCUGAUCUUGGGAUUCGGUAACUAGGCGUGAGUUUCUGCCAGAGACUAAGAGCGCGAGUCAGACCAGACACUCUCUCUGCAGAGUUUCAACGGGACACAGCAGCCAUAGAAGCCCUCAGUAACCCAAACUCUCUCUCAACUUUACCAGUUUCAGGCUAACAGCACCAGAUCCAGUCAGCUAUGGAGACUCCAGGUCAGAAACGAACCACCCGCGGAGGGACGACCACCGUCCUGUCUCCCACCCGCAUCUCUCGGCUGCAGGAGAAAGAGGAUCUGUGCAACCUGAACGACCGUCUGGCGAUCUACAUCGAUAAGGUGCGCUCUCUAGAGGCAGAGAAUGCAGGUCUGCGUAUGCGCAUCACCGAGUCGGAUACGGAGAUCAGCCGUGAGCUGAGCGGCAUGAAAGCGGCAUACGAGGCCGAGCUGGCGGAUGCCAGGAAGACGCUGGACUCGGUGGCCAAAGAACGAGCCCGACUGCAACUGGAGCUCAGCAAGGUGCGCGAGGACUACAAGGAGCUGAAGGCCAGGAAUAGUAAGAAAGAGGCAGAUCUGGAAUCGGCUCUGGCCAGACUGAAGGAUCUGGAAGCUCUGCUGAACUCAAAGGACGCGUCUCUCUCCACAGCACUGGGGGAGAAGAGAUCACUGGAUGUCGAAGUCAGAGAUCUGAAAGCCCAGCUGGCCAAGCUGGAGGGCAGUCUGAAUGAUGCUAAGAAGCAGCUACAGGAUGAAAUGCUACGACGUGUGGACGCUGAGAACCGAAUCCAGACCCUGAAAGAGGAGCUGGAAUUCCAGAAAAACAUCUACAAUGAGGAGCUCCGUGAAUCUAAGCGUAGGCAUGAGUCACGUGUGGUGGAAAUCGACAGCGGCCGUCAUUCGGAUUAUGAGAGUAAACUGGCCGAGGCUUUGACUGAACUUCGCAACCAACACGAAGAGCAGCUUCGCAUCUACAAGGAUGAAAUUGAAAAGACCUACAACUCCAAGCUGGAGAAUGCCCGUCAGUCGGCUGACAGGAACAGCCAUUUGGUGGGAGCCGCCCAUGAGGAACUGCAGCAGACACGUUUGAGGCUGGAGGGUGUGACCUCUCAGCUCACUCAGCUACAGAAACAGUUGUCUGCUCGUGAGGCGAAGAUCCGUGAAUUGGAGGAGGCUCUAUCCAGAGACAGGGACAUGAUGCGCCGUCGUAUGGAGGACAAGGAGAAAGAGAUGGCCGAAAUGAGGCAUCGCAUGCAGCAACAGUUGGACGAGUACCAGGAGCUGCUGGACAUUAAGCUCGCACUCGACAUGGAGAUCAGUGCCUACCGGAAGCUUCUGGAGGGCGAGGAAGAGAGGCUGCGUCUCUCCCCGAGUCCUCCUCCUGUCCGUGGGGUGACUGUAACCCGCUCCUCGGGAUCGGGAACUCAUUCACGUGUGGUCCAGAGCAGCACCAGUCGUACCUCUUCAGGCAGCGCUAAAAAACGGCGCUUGAACGAUAAUGACAGCGAUGCCUCCAGCGUGGUCGGUGGAACUGUUACUCGCACACGAGUCGCCCAGCAGGCCUCUGCCAGCGGUCGCGUGACCGUGGACGAAGUGGACAUGGAGGGCAAAUAUGUACGGCUCAGUAACAAGUCUGACCAGGAUCAAACUAUGGGUAACUGGCAGGUGAAGAGGCAGAUUGGUUCCGGCACUUCCAUCGUCUACAAGUUCCCACCAAAAUUUAUUCUGAAGGCAGGACAGACUGUCACAAUUUGGGCCUCUGGAGCUGGAGGAAUCCACAACCCUCCUUCUGACCUGGUGUGGAAGACCCAGAACUCUUGGGGCAGUGGAGAUCUGUUCCAGACCACCCUCAUCAGCUCCACUGGGGAGGAAAUGGCCAUGAGGAAGGUCACACGCACUCUAUUCCAGGAUGAGGAUGAUGAUGAUAUGGCCGCCCACAGCACAUGCGGGGAUGGUGAGUAUAACCUCCGCAGCCGUACGGUGGUGUGUGGCUCAUGCGGGCUGCCGUCAGAUAAAAACAACAGCUGUGUGUCGGCCAGCUCUGGAGUGUCGAGUGCAUCUCGCUCGUUUAGCAGCGGAGGGGGGCUGCCUGAAGCAUUUGUCUCUCCCUCACACUUUAUUGUGAGCAAUGACAAACGCAGACAGGCUGGACCCAAACUAGACAACUGCUCCAUUAUGUAGGCAAGCUGUAGACAGCCCUGACCAUCUGUCCUUUCACACAAACCAGGAGGAAUUCAUCCAACAAUUAGUUUCUUUUUGGAUUAUGUCUUAUUAUUACAUGAUAUAUUUUGUACUUCAGUUUUUGUUUUGUAUUUCAUAAUCUGCGGGGUAGAUUUUUGGCUUUUGUAUGGCAUAAGGCUUCAUACGCUGGCAGCUUGUAGGCUGUAGUUUGCGAUUAUUAUGUACAGUGUUACUCUAAUAUAUUUGCAUGGUGGCCUGGCAGCAGCUUCAAAAUAAUCGUACUGUACUCAGGGAGAGAGGCGAACGGAGCACUUCACACUCACACCAUGAGCUCUCAACGGGAAUGCUGUCGGAAUGCAACACGCACAGUUAUUACACCUUCUCCAAGACUAAACUCUCAUUUUAGCGCAGACUGGCUAUCUAGCUUAUAUAUGAGGACAAACAGUGAGCGUCAGUUAAUGUAAGACCGGAAAUGAGGGCUCAUUCGUUAUUGUCCCAAACUUCGUCAGUAAGUAAUUUGUCAGUAGGUUUUAUGUUUUUUUUCGUGCUACCUCUUGCAGUUAUGUGAUCGAAAUUAUGUGCAUCUACAAAAGGGAAAGGAAAGUGAGUAAUUCUAUGCAGUUUUGUUACAAUAGAAAUACAGAUCUUCUGGAUGUAAAACUGCUUCGUGCCUUGAUACAAUUGCACAGUUGAAUAGGUACUUUGUGUCAUUUGGCAGUGCGUGUACAAGCUCUGACUAGACAGCAGUAUGUCGUGUCUUGCGUAAUAAGUGUUAUAGGAUGUUUCUGAAAGACUUGAAGCAACUAUAAAACUAAUCCAAAGAAAAGCUCCUUAGCAGUUUGCAAUUGCCAAGACGUUGUCAACAUGUUAAACAAAAGCUUACUAAUUGUUUUAGAAGGAAAACUUUUGAAGUUUACUUGCAGAGAAAGACAUAUCUGAUGUAUUAUGUUACCGGAGAAUCAUGUUGUGUUUAAAGUACUGAGUACUAAACUAUUGCCGGUUUAAAGAGAUGUAUUUUUGUUUCAAAGCUUAGAGGCAGAAUAAUUAAAUAUGCAAAGUGACCACCGUCAUUCCCAGCUUUAAUGCUCUGUUAUUUUUAUGUUUUUUUAUGACACUUGAAAUGUUUGAGUUUUAUUAUAAACUCAAAUUUACAUGUACACUAAAACAUCUGUAUUUCUCUAUGGGACUGAGUGUUGAUUUGCUCUUGUCACUCCUCUCUUGCAGUAGAUGAUCCAGUUCCUCAUCUGGACCGCUGUAAGGCUCCAGUAAUCUGAGCAGUCUGUCCUUCCCUUCAGUGCACACAUGUCCAGUCCGUUUAGGGCAAUUUGAGAACCAAAUUCAAGACUUAAAACAAAAAAAUUUGUUUCAGAAAGUUGGAACAGCUUUCAUCAUAGGAAAUUAAGAACAUAACCGAGCCUCCCACAGCUCUCCAGACAGAGGAAUGGAUAUUGCUGACAUUAUUGCUUUGCAAAGCUUUGGGUUUCUAAAGGUGAAUUUUGGGAUAGUGUAUCUAUUUUUUCUAUAUAUACUUAAGAAUUGUGGUUUUGUAUUUCCACUUAAAUAGCCAUUGACAUUAUUGUAAUAAGCCAUGUAUUUUCGUUUUUUGAAACUGAUAAUGGAUUUCAGUUGUUUAUUUGUUGGCAUCUUUGGCAAAGUUGCCUUAUGCAAAGAAAGACUUACUGAUAACCAAAUCUAGAGUGAUAAACGAAUCAUGUUUCACUUUAUUUUGAAAUGUUGUUUUUAGUUAGAUGGCUAAUUUCGUGAAGGCUUUGUAUAAAAAAAAAAUCAAACAGACUGCAGGGCAAUGCAGGGAUUUUUUUUUUUGUCUUUAUAAUUAUCAUUUACUGUUUUGUGAGAAAUUUCAGAAUUGUUGUGAAACCUUGUUAUAAACUGCCUUUAAAUUUUUUUCCAGUUGUAACAAAUAAAACCUUUCUGACUUUUUCA